CUUUUCUUCAAGCGAUGAUACAAUGCUUGAAGUUCACCAUUAUCAUCAUUCUUCUUGCUUUUCUGUAAAUUAAAGAAUAUCCACAUCAAAUCUUGAAGUACAAUUGAAGAAGAAACACUUCAUUGGCUUCCUUUCCCUAAUCUUCAACCGCAUUUUUAUAUAUAUACACACGACAUUCACUAGCUCCAUGUUCAUUUUCCAGCACUCAUACCAAUUUAUUCAGAAUGCAGCUUCCAAAGUCCAUUUCCACCUUGCUUUUCUUCAUAAUCUGCCCUUCCAUUUUCUAUGGGAAUAUUGUUAUAGAAGCACAUAAUGCAACAUUCUAUGUGCACAAUAAAUGUUCUUUUCCAAUAUGGCCAGCAACAGCACCAAACAAUGGCCAACCAAUAAUAGCAGAUGGUGGAUUCUACCUUGCUCCAAACCAAACCCAAAAGAUCAUAGCACCAUUGACAUGGAACGGUAGAAUUUGGGCUAGAACAGGUUGCAACUUCAAUUCGAAUUGGAAACCAGCAUGCCAAACUGGAGAUUGCGACGGAAGACUAGCCUGCAAGGGGCUCAUAGGCACGCCCCCGGCAACACUAGUCGAGUUCUCGCUCCAGGGCGAGAAAAAGGCUAGUUUCUAUGACGUUAGCCUCGUUGAUGGCUAUAACAUACCAGUUUCCGUGAUGGCAAAGAACAAGGAUCCUAAAUGUUCAAUCCUAGGAUGCUUAAAAGAGUUAAAAAAUUAUUGCCCCCAUGAGCUUGAGGUUUUGAACACUCGAGGAGAAGUUGUGGCUUGUAAAAGUGCUUGUUUGGCUUUUGAUGUUGACAAUUUCUGUUGUAGGAAUGAAUAUGGUAGUCCAGAGAAGUGCAAGCCUAAUGUGUACUCAAACAUUUUUAAGGAGGCUUGUCCAUAUUAUUUUAGUUAUGCCUUUGAUACACCUACUCCUUUGGCGAAUUGUUUUUCUAAAGAGUAUGUGUUAACAUUUUGUCCUUAUGGGUUGGGUGGUGGUGAUAAUAAUGGUAAUGGUAAUGGUAAUGGUGAUAAGUACCAAUCUGAAUAGAAUUUUGAUAUGAAUUUAAGAACUAAUUUGUUAAUGUAUUAGUCUUGGUUAUGUGUGGUGGUUGAUUUCAUCAGAGUCAAUCAAAUUAAUAUUUGUUAUUGUUUGAAAUAUAGUAAUGAAAUUGUAUAUGUGGUUCAAUUCUAAUGUU